UUGACAAUUCUCUUUGGUAAAGUUUUCAUCUGGUGAACACGUGAAUUGAGAGACGUAAAUUUAAACUUAUUUAAUUUUAUUUAAUUUGCUUGUAUAACUUUGCCGUGAUUCUUUGGCUUCUUCACACAAAUAGUUUCUACUUUGCGAAUUGAAUUGAACAAAAUGGAUAAUUCUUGCGGGUUUUGCGGCAUGCAAUUGGAUCCAGAGUCGAUGCUUUGCAACUUAUGCGAUAAUGAUGACGAUUUGAACAAUUACCUAAGCUCGUCUAUGGAAAACUCUGACGUCGAGGACUCUUCUGAUACGCAGACCGAAGUUGCCUUAGAAUCUCUGGCUAACGGUGGAUAUGUACCGUCCGACGAUGAUUUGGAAGUUGAUGAAGACAAUUAUCAAUUUGAUAUUCUCUUCAAUAUGUGCGUACUGGAAGCUUUUUUGGUGGUAUCAAAAAUCAAUGACGAUAACAUGAACAAUUAAACUUGAAUGCGAAAAUUUUGAUCAUUUUUCUCUUCUGUUUGCUAUCUUCUUGUGUGUGCGUGUCCUGGUUAUACAAAUGUUUAUUAAUUAUAUUUAUAAACAAGCGGCAA